UUUCAGAUACAAUACUAGAUGCAAUUAAGAAGGAGACAGCUACACUACAAACACUAUGCAAUGCAAUGCAAUAAUUAAAAAGUUCUAUAUUUGGCAGUUUUUAAAGCUGACUACUUCUGUCAAUUCUGCCUAAGUCACAUUACAAUCAUUUUACCUUGGAUUAUUCAUUAUGGUAUUAUUAAGAUAUCAAAAUUCAUGUAGUGUUAGGUCGACUAUGAGGACUGCAUGGGAUUUCUAGUCAAAUUCCCGAAUGGUACUGAAACAAAAGCUACUCAUGACAAAUUGUCAAUGACAAUACGAUCCUAUCUCGAGCAAGUUGACGUUGCCAACCAUAUAGCCUCAGUUCAUUCAUGCGAAGWUAAAACAUCAAUGCUGGAAACCAUUGUUCGCACAGGCCUUGAUUUCAUUGCACCGUUAAAGACCAAAACGGUCCAUUCCAGCGAACCACCAUGGAUCAACCCUCAUCUAAAAUCCUUGAUAAAGAAACGUCAAUCUGCCCUAAGGACUGAUGACCUAAUGGAGUUUCGUCGCCUUAGAAAUGCUGUAAACCGUGAACGUAAAAUAUGUCGAGCCAAAUAUUACAAUGGAAAUGUUCAACACCUCAAAGAAUGCUCACCRGCCAAUUGGUGGAAGGAGGUAAAAAAACUCAGUGGUAAAGAGAAACCCUCAAGAACACAUGAUAACAUCAUUAAGGCCUUAAAGAACCUCGACGGACAAGAGAAAUUAAACGACGUGAACAUUGCGAACAUGGUCAACAGUACCUUCUUAGCACCAAUGAAGGAUUUCCAAGCUUUACCUGAUCAGGUCUCAACUCCUCUCACCGAAUCACCCCAAAAGGUCACUCCCACCUCAGUCAUGAAGAAACUCUUCGCCAUAAAUCCAACAAAGGCUCAAGGACCAGACGGAAUACCCGGAUGGCUCUUAAAAGAGAAUGCUGACCUUCUGGCGGAUCCUAUCACAGAGAUUUUGAACAGUUCCUUUUUGGAGUGUCAUCUUCCAAGCGCGUGGAAAAAAGCAGACGUAAUACCAGUACCAAAACAACGCCCUAUUAGAGAUGUCAACAAACACCUACGUCCCAUAUCUCUCACACCAAUUUUAUCAAAGGUUGCUGAAGAGUUCGUUGUUGAGAGCUAUGUGAAACCCGCUGUAAUGGCAAAGAUUGAUUGUCUUCAAUUUGGUGCUAUUCCUAAAUCAUCUACUGUCCAAGCACUCAUCAGCAUGAUACACACAUGGCUAACUAAUACUGACGGCAACGGAGCUACUACAAGAGUUGUGCUAUUUGAUUUUCGAAAAGCAUUUGAUCUUAUUGAUCAUAACAUUCUCGUAAACAAACUUGCUCUCUUCGACCUUCCAUCACAUGUAGUACUCUGGAUUGUAGAUUUUCUCAAACAUCGCAAACAACGUGUAAAGCUUGAAGGCGAUUGUUUUUCAGAAUGGGGUGAGGUACGCGCUGGUGUUCCCCAAGGUACCAAGCUAGGAGUAUGGCUUUUUCUCAUGAGUAAAAAUCGCUGCUAAUACCUCGCUAUCGAGUUGUUGCAUAUAUUUACAUGAUUUAAAAUAAAAAAAAGUAACUGGAACAAAAAGUUUCCCUGUUUAUAAGAAUGAUUUUAAUUGAGUUGCUCUAGAAUUCCCCCAAAACGAUGUAAAUUUGAUGUAAAAAUGAUGUAAAUUCGAUUUACCAAAAUUUACAUCGUUUUUACAAACGUUGUAAAUUUAAUGAUUUAAUGGAAAUAUGAUGAAAAUCAAACGAUGUAAAUAUCGCGUAAAUCCAG